AUGACUGAACAAGUCGGAGAGGCGGUUCCUGCGUCGCAGAGAGGGAGCUGGACGUCGUUCUUGAAAUCCAUCGCAUCAUUCUCUGGAGAUCUAUCAUCAAUGACGGCCCCACCCUUCAUCUUAUCCCCAGUUUCGCUUACGGAAUUUCCUGCGUACUGGUGCGAACGACCAGAACUCUUCGCCGCAAUAGCAGAUGCAAAGUCUGACGAAGAUAGAGCGUUAGCGGUCCUCAAAUGGUUUAUUAGUACGCUCAAAGGGCAAUAUACCUCGCGAAACGAUACUAUGGGAUCAGAGAAGAAGCCAUUAAAUCCAGUUCUAGGAGAGCUAUUUUACGGAAUGUGGCCUGACAAAGGCGGGCGCGGUCAAACCGACCUCCUCGUAGAACAAGUAUCCCACCACCCGCCCAUAACAGCCUACGUCAUCGAGAACAAGGCCAAAGGGCUGAAGCUGGUUGGACACAACGCGCAGAAGACGAGUUUCAGCGGCGGCUCUAUAAUCGUCAAACAAAUCGGACACGCGAUCCUCACCGUCAAGAAUCUCUCUGCCUCCUCUGCCUCCGGCGCCCCACCCGUCACCGAAUACCUCAUCACCCUCCCGCGGCUGCGCAUCGACGGCCUCUGGUACGGCUCGCCCUACAUAGAGCUCUGCGAAACGUCCUACAUCGUCGGCGGGGGCUUCGUUUCGACGGUCGAGUACAAGGGCAAGGGGUACUUCUCCGGGAAGAGCCACUCGUUCAAGGCGACGGUCUCGCCUGCCCCGGGCGCGCCGGGGCGGGAGCACGUCGUCGAGGGGCUGUGGCACACGACGAGCAAGUUCGUGAAGGGGGGCGUCAGCGGGAAGGGCGACUUCCACGAUGUGAACGGGCCGAAGGAGGAGGUGACGGUCGUCGCUGGGGGCGGGGACGGCGCGCCGGAGGGCGAGAUGGGCGAGUUCGAGACGAGGAAGCUGUGGAGGCUGGUCGCGAAGGGGAUCCGGGAAGGCGAUUUUGAGAGCGCGAGCCGGGAGAAGGGGAGGAUCGAGAAUGAACAGAGACAGCGUAGACGGGACGAGGUCGCCGCCGGGACGUCGUGGGCGCUGAAGCAUUUCACGCCGAUUGCUAGUGAUCCCGUUUACGAGCGUCUCGGCGCGUUAGCCAAGAUCCAACCGCCCACGGAGGACGCCUACGUAUUUCUGGACAACUGGCCGAAGACGGCGCCUGUAUCCGGUGCCUAA